UCUGGUUUACUUCGGAUGACGUUGUAUACUGAAAUGACGUACACAAAAUUAAACAUUCGAAGUAUCGAUGGAUAAGCCUAGAUGGUUGUUAACGGCGUUUGUUUUUGUUCCGCUGCUUGAUCUGUCCAUCAGUCAGUAUGAGCCAAACUGGAAAUCUUUGGAUAGCAGGCCUUUACCGACCUGGUUUGAUGAAGCCAAAAUUGGACUAUUUCUUCACUGGGGAGUCUAUUCUGUGCCAAGCUAUGGACCCGCCUGGUUCUGGUAUAUGUGGGUCAUUGAAAAAGACCCCAAAAUUGUCGAGUUUAUGCAUAAGAACUACAAGCCAGGUUUUACAUAUCCAGAAUUCGCUUCCCAGUUCACGUGUGAAUUUUACGACCCGGAUCAUUGGACAGAUAUUUUCAGUGCUUCAGGUGCAAAGUAUGUUGUUUUAACAACAAAACAUCAUGACGGUUAUACACUUUGGCCAUCCAAAACAUCGUGGAACUGGAAUGCUGUGGACAUUGGACCUAAACGUGAUCUUGUUGGAGAUCUAGCAAACUCAAUACGGAAGAAAACUGAUAUUAGGUUCGGUGUUUAUCAUUCACUUUUUGACGGUUUAAAUCCUCUUUAUUUGCAAGACAAGGCAAACCACUGGAAGACACAAGACUUUGUUGAGUUCCCUAAUCACAGUAUGUGUGUUGAAGAAGAUAGUGAUAUUGCUGAUACUCAGUUCCCUAAUCACAGUAUGUUUGUUGAAGAAGAUAGUGAUAUUGCUGAUACUCAGUUCCCUAAUCACAGUAUGUUUGUUGAAGAAGAUAGUGAUAUUGCUGAUAUUCUAUUUUCUCAUUACAGGACGUGUAUUGAAGAUGUUAGUGAUAAUACUGGUAUUCAGCUCCCUAAUCACAGUAUGUGUGUGUUGAAGUGCCCAGUGAAACGAACCGUGGUGGUGAAUGACCGUUGGGGAAGCGGGACUAGCUGUCGUCAUGGAGACUUCUAUAACUGUCAAGAUAGGUACAAUCCCAAAACUCUUCAGAAACACAAAUGGGAAAACGCAAUGACUUUGGAUCGUGUUACCUGGCCGUUUCGUCGCAGCGCCACCUUAUCAGACAUCUUAUCAAUUCAACAGCUAAUUUCCACUUUAACAGAAACUAUCAGUUGUGGUGGGAACAUCCUUAUCAACGUCGGACCCACGCCUGACGGCAGGAUUCCACUGAUUUUUGAGGAACGACUCAGACAGUUGGGUCAGUGGCUGAAAGUGAACGGUGAGGCCAUAUGA